AUGGCUUUGGGCAAGGACACGUGUCCUAUCUUACCUAAGAUUGCCAACAGCUGCACUGAUGAGAGUUCAUAUAAGCCUUCUAAUGAGUAUGCUGGGGUUCAUUUGCCACGAUUUUCAGUAAAGCACGGGAUGAUCCCAAGACGUUAUGUUAUGCCUUGGAAAGAAAAUAUGAAAUUCAGGAACAUGAAUCUGAAGCAUGCAGAAGUGUGUGGGAUCCACGCUGGCCCUUUCGAAGACUCUCUGUUUUUGAAUCACAGCGAAAGGCUUUGUCAUGGGGAAGAUCGAAAAGUUGUCUUAAAGAAAGACCCACCAGAAAUAAAAAUUGCAGAUAUGCCUCUACAUUCACCGCUCUCCAAAUACCAAAGCACUGUGAUUUCCCACGGCGUCAGGAGGCGUCUGGUCUGA